CCCAUUCACUGGGCCUUUCAGGAGCCCGGCCAUUUCUCCGGGCGGGCCUGUACUUGGCACCCAUUUAACUUAAGAUCCAUCGUAAAAGAAAACAAACUUCCCCCAAUUAGGUCUUUAAAAGGGAAGAAAUAGGAAACACCUCAGAAACAUCUACAGUGGAGGAUCACUGUCAGAAAGGAAAUGUUUGUACAUAUAUGUGAAAGCAGAGUUAACAAAUCAGACUCAGAUAUGGAUUACAAGCUUGUGUUCGCUGCCCUGGAGACAGUAUGUGUAGACAAUAUUUCUAUUCUGGGUGGGCCUUCUGAUUUGCCGUACGGCGCUGUUGCUACGCGCCUGGUCACAUGUAUGAAGCAAAUUCAGGAGCAUGGUCGAGUCCUGGAGCCUGUGGUCGCCGGCUUCACAGCCGUCUACCACCAUUAUGACUUUGACGAACAAACGCCUGGGAAUGGCUACCGCACACUUGUCAAGGUCUUGCAGUCUUGCCUUAUGCACAUCAUUCACAAAGGCCGUUACAUCGCCUCAAACUACAACAAUGCCUUCUUCAGGGCGGACCACAAUGCCUCUGAGAUGGAAGCGUACUGCAAUGCUCUUUGCCAGCUGCGCGCCCUGCUCCACCUCGCCCAGCGUCUGAUCAACGAUAACGCUUAUGGACAGCUGAACUCCUUCCAGGACGGGGACCUGAGCAAAAGGUUUGUGCAGGAGUACAGCUCCAUGCACAAAGCCUGUUUCUAUGGCCGCUGCCUCGGCUUCCAGUACGCGCCGGCUCUGCGUCCAUUCUUACAGACAAUUGUCAUAAGCAUGGUGUCAUAUGGAGAGACGUAUGGUAAACAGCAGUCUGGUUUGGGUAUAGCAGCUCUUUCACUUCUCACAUCAGGGAAAUACGUCAUUGAUCCAGAGCUUCGAGGGGCAGAGUUUGAACGCAUUACACAAAACCUGGACAUGCAGUUCUGGAAGUCUUUCUGGAACAUCACAGAGUCCAACCUUUUAACAGGCUUUAGCAGAAUAGCAUCCAUCCCAGUGCAGGUGAACUUCACCAUGACUGUGCCUCCUGUAUCUCUGAGCCUCCCGCUGGCCUCAGACCCCAGCCUUACAGCCACUGUGUCACCUCCAUUAGCCCACUGGGGCCCCGGGCCAGUCCACAUGCGUCUCAUCUCCUAUGAGAUUCGAGAAGGACAGGACAGUGAAGAGCUGCUGGCUUUGUCUCGUAGUGACCCUCCUCCCAUCACUGCGUCCCAACUCCCCUGGGUGCAGAAGCAACCGCUCUCCCCUUGGCUUAUCCUACACAUCCAUGGAGGUGGCUUUGUGGCCCAGACCUCCAAAUCCCACGAGAACUAUCUCCGGACGUGGUCGAAGGAGCUGAACGUUCCUAUCCUCUCUGUGGAUUAUUCUCUGUCACCUGAAGCACCUUUCCCCAGAGCUCUGGAGGAAUGUUUCUACGCCUACUGCUGGGCUCUGAAAAACUGUCAUCUGCUGGGCUCAACGGCAGAGCGUGUGUGUCUGGCAGGUGACAGCGCUGGAGGAAACCUCUGCAUCACUUUGUCCAUGAAGGCAAUGUCCUGCGGCAUCCGAGUUCCCGACGGCAUUAUGGCCGCCUACCCCGCCACCUUGCUCACCACAGAUGCCUCGCCCUCCCGCCUGCUCACGCUCAUCGAUACGCUGCUGCCUCUAGGUGUUCUUGCGAAGUGCAUCAAUGCCUAUGCAGGUACAGACUGUCAGACGGUGCAGCCUGCAGUGGUUAGCAGCAGUCUGAGCGCUCUGGGUAGAGAAACCGCCGUGCUGCUCAGCGACCUCACCCAGGGAGCCUCCAACUGGAUCCAGUCUUUCCUGGACCCUGGGCGGACUUCAGGUGGAACGCGUUCUCUGUCGUCAUCACAGAGGAGGCUCCAAAACAACGAAACGAAUGGGACGUCUGCUCACAGCUCCAAACAAAACUGUGCAGAUCACGUAGAGUAUCCAGAGGGCUUUCAGCCGCUGCGAUCAGAAUGCCUGGCUUUCGUUCACCCUACGUCCUGCCCCGUCAUCAAGAACCCGUUUGUAUCACCUCUGCUCGCUCCAAACAACCUGCUCAGAGGGCUGCCGCCUGUUCACAUAGUGGCCUCUGCCCUGGAUGCCUUGCUGGAUGACUCUGUGAUGUUUGCCAAGAAGCUGCGGGACAUGGGCCAGCCUGUGAGUCUCACGGUGGUGGAGGACCUACCUCACGGCUUCCUCAGCCUUACACAGCUCUCCAAGGAGACGGAGGCCGCUUCAGCGAUCUGUUUAGAGCAAAUGAGGACGAUUUUUCAGCAAGAAAAUCCAACGCCUUCCCUUCACAGACGGACUAAUCUGCAAGAGACUUCCAUGAGUACAAAUCAUUCAGGGUGAGGCAGUCAUAGGAUGGAUGAGAAAGAGAUGUUCUAUGAUGCAAAGGGAGAGAUGCAAUAAAUUAAGGAAAAGGAAGAAAAAAAGUCAGAGGGAAUUAUGAGGAUUCAGCAAAGACUGUAAAACCGGGGGACGCUUAGGGAGGCUGCACUUGAAAACUAUAACGCACAGCAUUCACCUUCAGCAGCAAUCAUUGAAAAAACUUCACCAUAACCAGCUCUAACAUGACUCACAAAAGGAAAGAUUUCAGUAUUUUUCUACCUAUAAAUACAACACAAACCCCAGUGAAAUGUACAUUGAUGGAAUACAGACCAUAACCAGCCCAUGCAGUCAAAUCUUAACUGAUGCACAGUAUGUCAGUGGUGGGAGCUGUGGUGCCUUAAAUUCAAAGUGAUGCUGUAUUUGACAUACAUGGAGAAAAGCUUUGCAUACGUCAACAAACUGACCAAGCGCAAAGGUUUACUUUUAUAGGUAUAUAAGCUGAUGCACUGUAUUAUUAUUGUUUUAUUUAGUAUUAAUCUAUAACUUGGCUUUGCCAGUUUGUCAUUUGUUUACAAUACAUUGAUAACUAGGCUUUUACCUUCUGUUUACCAGCAGUAUGUAAAUGUUGACGUUAAAGUAUCUUGUAAUACUGUACAUUAAAUAUGAUCUUUUCUUAAUAUAACUAUUUAUCACUGUUAUAUUUUAAGCCUGAAUUAAAUAAAAACAGAAA